AUGACGUCUACUUUUAUCAUCAUCUCUUCGAGUAUCCUGAUUCCGGAGGAAAGCCUGCUUGAUCUCCGUUCUGUAAGGCGUUGUCUCAUGGUGAAUUAUUGGGAAGAAGAUGACACCAUAGAUAUUCGCCAUUAUGCUAUUCGAGCAGUUGCAGCUGGCAUCAAUAAGUCGGUACGGAAACUAGUGACCGCCGGAAAGUCGUCGACCAAAGAGCUUCCAGAUUUGUCUAAGUACAAAGAUAUUGCUGAUUACUUGUUGAACCCUGGACAUCUUAGCGAUAGUGAGUAUGAGGGGGAAGAACAAGAAGUCAUACUUUCGCAAAGUCUUAGCGAGCAGGGCGGUACUGUCAAGGGAGAGAAAAGCCAUGUUCGUUUAAUGGAGAUUGGUCCACGAUUAAAGCUGGAACUGCUGAAAGUAGAAGACGGAAUUGACGACGGUGAGGUUCUGUACCACAGGAUUGUCCAGAAGACAGGACCAGAAUUGGAAAUGUUGAAGAAGGAGGCGCCUAAGAAGAAGAAACUGAAAAAACGUACUGAACAAGAAAAUGAGCAUCGCAUUAUUCGUAGGUUGGAAAAGGCUAAAGAAGCGGAGAAGCGUGAGGAAGAAGAGCUCAAGGCCUUCAAAGAAAAGGCUGCAAGGAAACAAGCAGCUGCCACAGGCCAAACUGAAGAUAUUGAAAAUAGCAAGGAAAAAGACAGAGAAAUAGCCAUGAACAGAGAGCGAGAAAUGAAGCAGCAUGCAGGAGGUGGAGAGGGUCAGAAUCGUCCUAUGGAAAAGGAGAGAAAACGCCGACGAAAGGAGGGUGAAGACAAGGCAGAGACAAAAAAGAAACGCUUCAGAAAACAUAGAGAGGCUUAG